CCUGUCUGUGCUGGUUUGUCCCGUCACUCGCAGUUCGGAGCACCCACAGAUAGAUGGCCUUGUCCCCAGACGGAGAUGACAUCCAUCUACCGCGGUGCAUGGUGGGAAUGAUCUGAUCAGGGUUGAGCUGAGAGUGGCACCAUGUUGUCGGGUGAGGAGAUUCUGUGCAGCACGCGGCAAGUGAUCGCGGGCCUGGAGGCGCUUCGUGGCGAGAACCACACCCUCCUGGAUGACCUGCAGAAGGCGCUGGAGGGCCGGCCGGUGGCCGACAGUGGCAGUGUGGAGCAGGAGAAGAGUGGGAUCAUCCGCCAGUCUCUGGAGAGGAUAGAGCUGGGCCUGGGAGAGGCACAGGUGAUGAUGGCUCUGUCGGCCCACCUGGGCUCCCUGGAGGCGGAGAAGCAGAAGCUGCGGACCCAGGUACGGAGGCUGUGCCAGGAGAACCAGUGGCUGAGGGACGAGCUGGCCGGGGCCCAGCAGAGGCUGCAGGACAGGGAGCAGGUGGUGGUCACGCUGGAGGAGCAGAACAGACACCUGCAGUUCAUGAGCAGCAUCCGCAAGUACGACCAGGAGGAGCCCCCACCGGAAGACAAAGAGACGGGCUCCACCAAGGAGUCCCUAGAUGACCUUUUCCCCACGGACGAGGAGGAACAGUCACAGAUAUCUCAGCCCCACGGUAGCAGUGCGGCAGCAGCGGCCCAGCAGGGAGGCUAUGAGAUCCCGGCCCGCCUGAGGACCCUUCAUAACCUGGUGAUCCAGUACGCCUCCCAGGGCCGCUAUGAGGUGGCCGUGCCCCUCUGCAAACAGGCCCUGGAGGACCUGGAGAAGUCCUCGGGCCACAGCCACCCUGACGUGGCCACCAUGCUCAACAUACUGGCCCUGGUCUACAGAGACCAGAACAAGUACAAAGAGGCGGCGAACCUCCUGAAUGACGCAUUGGCAAUCCGGGAGAAAACCCUGGGCAUAGAUCACCCUGCGGUGGCAGCCACACUCAACAAUCUUGCUGUACUGUAUGGAAAGAGAGGGAAGUACAAGGAGGCUGAGCCACUGUGUAAGAGAGCCCUGGAGAUCAGAGAGAAGGUGUUAGGCACAGACCACCCUGACGUGGCAAAGCAGCUGAACAACCUGGCGCUGCUGUGUCAGAACCAGGGCAAGUACCAGGAAGUGGAGCAGUACUACGAGCGUGCCCUGCACAUCUACCAGAGCAGGCUGGGCCCUGACGACACCAACGUGGCCAAGACCAAGAAUAACCUGGCUUCAUGUUACCUGAAACAAGGGAAGUACAGACAAGCUGAGGCUCUGUAUAAAGAGAUCCUGACCCUGGCCCAUGAAAAAGAGUUUGGAUCUGUGGAUGGUGAGGUGCGGGAUAUCUGCACCCACACGGGAGAGGAGGGCUCCAUGCAGGAUGGGCUGGGCAGUCUGAAGCGCAGCGGCUCGUUCACCAAACUCCGCGAGUCGAUACGCAGAAGCAGCGAGAAGCUGGUCAGGAAGCUAAAAGGAGUCGGAACUCAGGAUACCACCCCUCCGACUCCUGGGAUGAAAAGGGCUAAUUCUCUGAAUGUGCUGAACGUGGGUGCGAGGGAGCGGCAAGAAGCUGCAAGGGGCACCAGCGACCUAACUGAGAACCGAACCCUGAGCUCCAGCACCCAGAGCCUAGCACGGCGAGGGUCCCUCAGCUACACCUCUGAACACUAGCCCCCUCCCAACAAUCAGGAAGUACUCUCAUACAGCUCUGGCCCCGACUCCACUCUCUCUCUGUGGAUUGGCCUCUUGCGCCUACAUGGGUCACUCCACCCCUUCCCUGUUUAAAUUGAACACUGAUCUGUUAUCAGUUGAGGUUUGUUUACUGCACUAUGUUGUAGCUGGGGGAGGCCACUGGUACUCCUUGCCUGCUGUCUGCUAAUUUCAUCCCCUGAUGCCCCAGUUCUGGGGUAUAGAUUAGGAUACACAGCAAUGAGGGCUGGUUUUCAGUGACGCAGAUGGUAUCCAUUUCAGACCAGUUUAAUCUGGAAAUGAAAUUACAUUUAGCUUUUUUAUAAUGAUUUAGUAAUGCUCUGUUGUGACUUACUGUACAAGGAGGGAAAUGGUUGAAUUCUUCAAUGAUUGUUCACAAUUAUGAACAUGUUUAUUCUAUUAAGGUAGCGUCUGAAGCUAUUGGAUAUUAUCUAAAUUACUGUAGCUAUGCAUGAAAAAAUACCUUAUUUAUACAAUGUUUUUUUUUAAAUGUGUUACAUUCUGAUUUUAUCUUCUUGUGUUCAUGUUUACCAGCGGUUCUCGUGUUUUUGGCACUAGAUGAUUUUAAUUCCAAAACACUGAUCUGCACAAGCACAAUUAAAACAAAGAUUUACAGUGGGGAGAACAAGUAUUUGAAACACUGCCGAUUUUGCAGGUUUUCCCCACUUACAACGCAUGUAGAGGGCUGUAAUUUUUUAUCAUAGGUACACUUCAACUGUGAGAGACGGAAUCUAAAACAAAAAUCCAGAAAAUCACAUUA